GAGAGAGAGAGAGAGAGAGAGAGGGGGAGAGAGAGGGGGAGAGAGCCCUUUACUGCAGUAUCACCACAUUUCUGCAUCACUCAUCAAAACUCUGCGGCAUGCGGACUAGACCUGGGGGAGGGCAGAUAGCGGGUUUGUGCUGAGUGUAGUAUCAACACCACCAUCGACAAAUAUACAUUAACUGUAAUCAGAUACAGUAGCACGCAGCCGGCGGAUCUUCUAUCCUUUCAAAGCAGCUCUCUAUGUGUGCGCUCUGAAGCGUUUCUCUGCACUCGAACUAAUUGUCAACCAUCUGAUUCCAGAGCGACCCUGAUAUAUUUAACAUAUCACACAAACAACUGUUAGGCCUAGAUUAGGCUAUAUAGCCCGAUUACAGUCAGUGGAUUAAAGAAAUCGAGGAAAAAUGGCGAAGGAUGCUGAGAAGAGUACUUGGAAGGACUUCAUAUGGAACCCCAGGACACGGGAAUUUUGUGGCAGGACAGCGAGCAGCUGGGGCCUUAUUCUACUCUUCUACCUGGUGUUCUACAUCUUCCUAGCUGGAAUGUUCUGCCUCACCAUGUACGUCAUGCUGCAGACCCUGGACGACCACAAACCCACCUGGCAAGACAGGCUUGGCACACCAGGCAUGAUGAUCAGACCUCGGGGAGAGUCAAUGGAGAUCAUCUAUAACCCCCAAAUGACGGAGAGCUGGGACAUGUACGCCAAGACCUUGGACAACUUCCUCUCUCCCUACAACAACUCUCUGCAGGCUGAGAAGAAUGAUGAGUGCAAACCAGACCAGUACUUUGUUCAGGCCGACAGUGGUGAUGUGAAGAACAACCCAAAGCGGUCCUGCCAGUUCAAUCGCACACUUCUAGAAGUAUGCUCUGGCCUCGAAGACCGAACCUAUGGAUACGUGGACGGCAAGCCAUGCAUCAUCAUCAAGCUGAACCGGGUCAUUGGGAUGUUGCCAGGAACGGAUGGUCAGGCUCCAUUUGUCACCUGUGGAGCGAAAAGGUACAAAAUUGGCAAAGAUGAAUGGAAAGAAGACUCUGAGAAAAUUGGAGAGCUGGCGUACUACCCUAAAAAUGGCACCUUUAACCUAAUGUACUACCCUUACUAUGGCAAGAAAGCUCAGGUGAACUACUCCCAGCCUCUGGUUGCCAUCAAGUUUCUCAACAUCACCCUCAACGAAGACGUCAACAUUGAGUGCAGGAUCAUCUCCAACAGCAUUCCUCCUGGGAGUGAAAGAGACAAGUUUGCUGGAAAAGUGUCUUUCAAACUGAGGAUCAACACUUAGAUCUAAAUUUACUUUCUCUUUCUCUUGCAUUCAAGCCCACCCACAUUCUGUGCACAGGUAUACACACACACACACGCACAAACAGAAACACACUAACAUACACACACACACACACACACACACACAGAAAUAGAAUGAACACCGUCUAAGGAAGAGAAUAUGUUUACAGCGUCCCUUCACCCUAGAUGUUGGGGAACUGCACGUCCACUGGAGUGAUGAUGUCAGAAUGGUGGAGUAGAAAGACUGGUAUUUCUGUCUCUUUCUGUGUGUGAGCUUGGGGACUGAUGGUUUUCUGUAAAUUAGUUUGACAUGAGGUCUAUUUAUACUGCAUGACUACCUAGGAGAUAUAGAGGACAUAAACAUGUAUGAUUUCAAAGUUUGCAAGGAGAAGCAAAGCCUCUUACCAGUUUACUGUCGCUCCUUUCUCACUGCCUCCCCCAUGGAGUGCCCCUCUAAAUACAUAUAUACAGAAAACAGACCACAAAAUUAGUAUAUGUAAUUAUACAGUAUAUCAUACUCUUAUGUCAGUGUGUCUGUUUUGUUGCACUUAUUAAUCCAACAGCUAAUACCUACGAUGAAAAGACAUGUUGGUGGAUGAAGGCCGGGAGGGAGUCCUUUUGCAUGUCUGUAUUGUCUUUAGUGUGGGAAGUGGCCUCGUCCCAGCUCACUGCUCUGCUAUGUGUCAAUUAUAAAUGAGGUUAUGUUAAACCCAUGGCCACCAGGACGGACCAUACAGCCAUUGUGUGUAUGAAACGUGAGAUUGAUGAAGAUCGCAUCUCCAACGUGGGGAGUUAUAGAGGUCAAGAGCUUUGAGCGUGUGUGUUUGUGUGUGUGUGUGUUUGUCAGACAACAUUCCAUUUGCAAGACUCAUUCCAUAUUGUAGGUCGGGAAGUUGCAUAUGCAAUGUGCAAUAUUCAUUAGUCACACGUCAUAUGCAUUCUGCCCAUCAUACAGGACCUUUUUUGUAGUCAUUAACACUUGAAUUGUGUAUCAUAGUUAUAAUUUGGAUUAGGCUUUCAUAACAUGAAUAUAUAUGUACACAUUGUUCUUACGUUGAGUACCUGGUUGGUGUACACUGCUGACUUUCUACAGCUUAACAGUAAGGGAUAGGUGGUUUGUUUAUAGCUUUCUAUUUCAUCCUUUUCUGUACAUAUUCAUUAUGGAUGCUGUUUGUCUAUUUUGUAUAGAUUUGCACUGGUUUGAGUGUUUCCUGUAAAAAGGAGAUGCUUUAGUGGAAAAGUACAAAUGGAGAGUCUAUGCUUCUACAUGUGUUGAAACUUCUAUUUCAAAACUAUUAGACCAACUUUAAGUUCAAGGCUGCCUCCAACAUUUCUGAUUACAUUCAUCCAAAUGUCUGUAGGUCUGUUUUGCAGACAACAGUGAUUUGAUUCCUUUUAAUUCAGGUAGGAUUCUCUGCCACUACAUUCUUCAGGGUGCCAGAGACCAACCUUGGUGUUGGAGACAGAACUCUAACAAACUGAGCAUGUGCAUUAAAAGAGGAUUUGUCAGCGUGCCGUCCCAUGUCGCUCAAUGCUCUUUCGCACAGAUACCAUGGCUGUGCUGUUGACUUGAUUGGGUACACAUAAUGAAACAAGCCUGUUCAUCAGUUGAGGAAUCUGUAGAUCUGACCAAGCAAUGCUGAACCGUGACACCUGGCCUUGGCUGUGACACUGUGCCAGUGUGACUGUGAUCCUGCUACCACGUCAUGGCAAUACUUUUAGAACACCGGCAUCUGUUCACUCAAAUUCAGGAUUGGUUGACCUUUAGGGACGUUUUCUCAGUCAGUAUAGGGUGUGUACUGAUACACUCUUCAUUGUUGGUUGAUGUGGUGCCUCAGAAAUAACAUCGUCAAGAUUUAGCAGUAAUACUCUAUUUUGCUUGAUAGAUGCAAAAUACAUGCUGCGAAUUUACCCAAAAAAUUUAUCAGACUCAAUGUUGAACAUGUAUUCCGCAUGCAUUGUGAAAGAAUAUUGACCAGUGCUAGUGCUACCUGCUCCUUAGCAUUCCUGCUCCAUUCAGUUUGCCUCGCUAAAUUUCACUCUAAUCUUUUAAUCUGGUCAGAUAAUCCAGAACAGACACUCCACUUCAUCCACUCUUCAUAGUCCCUCUUUCUUGUGUUUACCCUCCCUCUUUCUUUUUUUUUCUUCUCUCUCACACACACACAUAUACACACAUAUAUACACACACACACACACAGAUUCACACACACACACACACACACACACACACACACACAUACAAAUGCCCUUGGAGACACACAGACACACUCUUUCAAAAUGUGUACCACCUAAAUCUAACCCCACAAAUCUAACCUCUACUAACCCUAAACCUAUUACUUGUUUUACUGUUCUUGUGGGGAUUUUCACACACACACACACACACACACACACACACACACACACACAAGGAUGUCAGGAGGAAAAAAUGCCUGCUUGCUUGGUUUUACAGUUACUUUCUGUUCAGUGUAUUCAUCACAAUUUUAUCAGCGUAACAAAUGUUGCAUCACAAGAUAUUUGUCCCCUGAGCCCAUUCCAUCCACAAUCAAUUCAACAAGUAAAUGUGUAUCCAUGGUGUGCAGUCAUGCAUUUACUUAUGUGUAGAUUACAGAUACAAAACAAAUGCUUUUCUAUUCUGCAUACAAGAUUAGUCAUGUUAGAUUACAGACAUUCCCUCCAACCAAAGAUGAAUGUAUUAAUUCAAAAUUUAAUAGUAUGAAAUAAUCAUGCUGUAACUAUCAGACCACAGAUAUUUAUAUGAGAUAGGGUGUUAUUGCAAACAUGUUUCAGAAGGAUGUUGUAUGAAUGUCAUUUAAUGAGCAGUCCUAUUCAUUCAGAUCGAUGUUACAGGAUGAGUAGGUUUCACAAAAUGACAACAGUGCCUCCUGGUGGACAGAUAUUUUGUUCCCCAGUGUCACAAAUGUUAUUUAAUUUCUCAUUCUCCAUAUAUCCGUUUUAUAUGAUAAUUUGGAGAUUUCUUCAAAAAGCAAUAUAUGUAUUUCCUGUGUGGCUGUAUGGUGUAUGUAUUCUAGAAAUGGCUGUAACAAAUAUAGAAUAACAGGAAUCAUCAAGAGAGUGAAACGAGAAAGAACAUGUUUGUAUUAUGUUCACAUAUACAAUAGGUAUUCAGUUAUAUAUCUGCCAUUAGGUAUUCUAAAGAUUCAACAAUAGAAACACAUACUGGUUUUGUUUUCAAAAGAUAAAGUAUUUUUAUUGUUAAUUUUUUGGAAAGAGGAAAUAACCUAUUAGCGUUGGAUUGUACUAUGACAGUGGUGCUACUUGGUAGGACUUGUAUCUGUAAACUCAGAUUUCUGAAUGAGACUAAAGAAAACCUGACAGUUGAACACAUACCAAGUAUGGUUGAAUGUAGAACAUUUUUGUUUGUUUUUUGUCAGUCUGACAUCUUUAUCUUUCUUGUUUCUAACCUAGCAAUAUUGAAUGGCUGCACUGCUGAAAGCUCCACUCGUUUUCAGUUGACUGCUGGCUACUCUUCCAGGUGAUCAGAGAAUAUCUUUAUAUGGGCCCCAAGAUUAUGUAAGAAGGGAGUUGUCUGAAAUUGGUUUGAUCUGCUACACUGAUUCAACAGAAAGCAGCAUAUUUUAUGCAAUUGCUAAGAAUUUAUCCCCAAAAAGUAUAAUACAUGCCUGUGACCACUGCAUGUGCAAAAACUAGUGUAAACUACCGAUUUGUUUCAAACUCACUUCUGAAGCAGUAAGACAACUUUCACUGAAGGUCCUCCUGAAAAGAAAAGCAAAAUGUAUAGAAUCAGGCACCUUAAUAACAUGGUCUAAGGCAGAAAUCAUUUGAAACAUUUUGGGAUAGUCUCAACCAAAUGAAAAUGGCUUAUCAUGGCUGAUCAUUUUAUUGUCUUUUGAUUUGUUUUGUUUUUUGCUGGUGUUGUAUUUAUAUUAUAAUUAUUAUUUUUUUUUGCUCAUGUUUAUUGUAAAAAAUAAGAGAAAUCAAUAAACGUGAUGAAGAAAAGCAAA